AUGUCAGGACCUCAGAAGCGUCCAUUGUCACCAGCUGACGGAACCGGUGACGACGGUGAUAUCUUCUCAUCUUCGCCCAUCUUGGACCGUUCCUCGACAUUUGUGGCGCAUUUCCACCCGCUCACGAGUUCAUCGACUUCUUCGACCCCAGGUCAGGCAACGAAGCAAGCAUCUCUGACGUCGACGGUGAAAGCCUUCCAAUCUCAUGCAGACUUUGCAUCGGCCGACCACCGCAUGGUAGCAUGGCGUCGGCCAUCAGCGCAGCGCACACUCGGGCUCGGUCCCGCCACAUCGGCCACGAAGCCAAUCUACACGGUCGGGUCGGAUGACGACGGGGAGAAGUACGCCGGCAAACGACUUGAACGGGUGUUGAUAGAUCUCGACGCCGAGGGAGUUGUUGUUGUAGCGCGAUGGUACGGGGGUAUUCUGCUUGGGCCGGUCCGUUUUACGCAUAUUGAAAUGGUGGCGCGGGAGGCCAUAGGGAAAUGGAAAUCACGACAGGAGGGCCAAGCAAAGAGACAGAAGACGAUUGCAUCUUCUCAUCAGGAAACUCCAAGCGUCUCAGGGCCGUCAGCAACCGACGAGGCGCACCAACAAGCGAAACUUGCAAAGCAACUCGUGGAAAGGGACAGCAGCAUCGUCGUCCUGAGGGGGUUGCUCGCUGAAAAGACAGCCAAGCUCCAGGAGGGCGGUGAGACUUCGAGUCAAGCUACCUCUACUCCAACAACACAACCGAGCAUGUCUCCGGCCAAGAAGAUCGACUACAGCGAAAUGCCUCUGCAAAGAUUGAGACAACUGGACAAAGCACGGGAUGCAACGAUUGCAUUCAUAUUGAAACAGAUUGACUUGGCAGAAGAAGAGGAGAAGAAUAAGAACAAGAAGCGAGAAGGAGACACCAAGGAGGACACUCCAGAAAAGGCAGAGGUGGAUAAAUGA